CAGCUCUUUCACUGGCCUCGUGCGAGCUGCUGCCUAUAAAAGGAGUAGAGGUCUUCCCCGGUGAGGACACUCCGCUCUUUAUUCGGAUUACUCCACACUCCAGCUCUUUGAAAGCUCUCUCUCUCUUUGCUCCUUUGAGGAAUCAAACCGUCAUCAUUAUGACUCUUGAGGAAGUUCUCACUCAGAAAUCCACCGACCGUGCUCCGUGCACCGGAAAAGCCCUGGAGGAGGUGCUGGUUGCCGCCAAAGACAACGACUCCCUCACCGUGGGCGUCUACGAGUGCGCGAAAGUGAUGAAUCUAGAUCCAGACAGCGUGUCCUUCUGCGUGCUGGCCACGGACGAGGAGUUCGAAUGUGACAUUGCUCUGCAGAUCCACUUCACUCUCAUUCAGUCUUUCUGCUUCGACAACGACAUCAGCAUCGUCAGAGUGAGCGACACGCAGCGUCUGGCCGAGAUUGUCGCUGGCGAGUCGGUGCAGCUCGAAGACGCCCACUGUGUCCUCAUCACGAACCCAUCUGAUGGUUCUUGGGAGGAUCCGGCUCUGGAGAAGCUGCACUUAUUCUGCGAGGAGAGCCGGCGUCUGAACGACUGGGUCCCCGAAAUCAGCCUCCCCGGACGCUGAUGCGGGUUCCUCUCCGGUCUCAGAUGCUUGUCAAGCUUCUCAUCUGGAAAUACUCAUCCUGAUGGACAGGAUGAGCCUGUUUCUGCUCAUCCCUGGAUACUCCUGAGGAGGAUUCCCCAAUCCAGGCAGCACGGCGCCGGCCCGAGGGGGCCACCCGUGGAACCGUCGCCUCUUGUCCCGUCCAUGCCAAGAUGACUCUCAUUCUUUGUGUGAAUGAGGUCGGGUAUGCCUCAAGAGCGACACAUCGACCCUCAUUCUUUGUGCGGAUGAGGUUUGGAGAGGAAGGAGAAGCACGCGCAGCAGGAGAAGAAGCGGUGCUGAGGAAGAGGACUCGUCAAAAAAAGGACUUUUUAAUGAUGGCCUCUUGGCUGAGCAACAUGACAACAGUUGCAGUCAGCGGAAACGUUUCUCACUUUCCAGAAUUGUCUUAAUUCUCUAAAGGUUUCACUUUAGAAAUUUAACAUCGACAAAAUCAUGCUAAAAUAUAAAUAUAUAUUAAAAAAUUGUCUGCACUCUAAAGGUUUCACUUUAGAAUAAGACUUUAGAAAAAUAACUAUUAAUGUGUUAAACUAUUGGAAAAUGUAAAUUCCGAGAUGUAAAAGUAAAAACGGUUAUAUUCUCGAAAGGUAUUGCUUAGCAACAAAAAAAACUAAAGGUUUCACUUGUGUAGCAUAUGCUUGAAUGAAUUGAAUGUUAGAUAUAAAGACUUUUAAUUGUAUACUGAAGAAAAAUGUAACAAAACUGUAAAAUUACAAGUGGAAAUAAAGUACGACA